UUAACAUCUCUGGCAUUCAACAAGUACUAGACACAACUAAGCAAAAGAGAGUGAAGUGAAAGAAGAAAAAAAACAAUGGAGACAACCUCAGCCCCGGAAGAGAUCCCCGUGGUCGAUCUAAGUAACCUAAACGAAGACCUCGUGGCUCGUGCGGUGGUGAAAGCAAGUGAAGAGUGGGGGAUUUUCCACGUGGUUAACCACGGGAUCCCUCAGGAGCUGAUAAUACGGCUGAAGGAAGUGGGAACCGAGUUCUUCCAGCUUCCAGAGGAGGAAAAGAAAGCCCUAGCGAAGCCAAAAGACUUCAGAAACACGGAAGGAUACAUAGCAAAUUUAAAUGGCUGGGCAGAUCAUCUCUACCACAUGAUCUGGCCACCGUCUAGAGUCAACUACAGAUUCUGGCCUAAUAACAUUCAAGAUUACAAGGAAGUGAACGAGGAAUACGCAAAGGAGAUAAAGAAGCUGUCGGAGAAAAUCAUGGGGUGGUUGUCUGAAGGAUUAGGGUUAGGUCGUGAGGCGUUGAAGGAAGGUCUUGGUGGAGAAACUGUGGAGUAUCUGAUGAAGGUUAUCUUCUAUCGGCCGUGUCAAGAUCAAGAUGUGAAGUACGGAACUCCGCCUCAUACUGAUCUUAGUGGGAUCACGUGCUUGAUCGCUAACCAGGUUUACGGACUUCAGGCGUUUAAGGAUAACAACUGGUUCGACGUCAAGUAUGAUGACUCCAGGAUCGUCGUCAUCAUUGGCGAUCAAGUCCAUAGGAUGAGUAAUGGAAAGUAUAAGAGAGGUGAGCAUAGGGCGACGUUGGAUAAGGAGAAGACGAGAAUUUCGUGGCCGGUUUUUGUGGAUCCUAAUCUUGAUCACGUUGUCAGACCUCUGCCGGAACUAAUCUCCUGCGACGAUAAUGCUCCCAAGUUCAAGCCUUAUAUCUUCAGAGACUACAAAUUUCAUAUCUGGAAUAGACUUCCUCUCGACUGAGAUAAAGACUCAUGACCAAGAAACAGAGGAGAGACAACAUUAUUGUAUUGAUUCAUCACAAGAGGAAUCUCAUAAUGUAUUGCUUCGUUAUUGGAUUAUUGCGCCUUGCAGUUGCUAAUAAAUCAUUAUUGUUGAAGUUAAAGUGUUGUGUUUAUCGUGUUGUAUAUAUUUUAAUAUCAUGGAUUUGAACGG